CAUCACUAAGCGCGCGUCCAUUUCACAUCUCUAAAAAAACAGCUGAUUGCUGAGGUACGAAUUGAAUUGGAACCUGAGAUCUAGUGGACUAACGUACACAUAUGACGGAGUCAUAAUAUACACACGGCAACCUAGAAUUUCGCCUGAAAAAGGGCGGAAAAGACACGAAAUUAUAUAAUCGCCGGUUGUAAACACAUGAGUCCGUACAGCGGCUCCUCCGUGCGUCGCCUGCUGGACAGUUGGCCCGGAAAGAAGCGCUUCGGUGUGUACCGCUUCCUGCCGCUAUUCUUCCUGCUUGGCGCCGGCCUGGAGUUCUCCAUGAUCAAGUGGACAGUGGGCGAGACCAAUUUCUAUCGCACAUUUAAGCGUCGCCAGGCCAAGAACUACGUGGAAGAGCAGCAGAUUUUGCAGGCGAGGUCGAGCAACAGCACAAACUAAAGACAAAAUGCCCGCCGGAGUGUCCUGGGGC